AUGUCUUCUACCUCUCUUCAUGUCUUAUUAUUCAAUGUUCGUGGACUUGAUCUUCGUUGGCAAGAAGUUCUUCUUCUUAUCUCAUCGUUUAAAUUUGAUGCUCUUAUUCUAGUCGAAACCGGCGAAUUUGACAUUUCGUUUCAUCAAAAAAUAUUUAAGGAUUACAGACUUCUUUAUCAAAAAGGUGAAAAUAGAAAUGGAGGAGUACUAAUACUUAUCAAGGAAAGCGAAGAUAAUUUGAGAAUCAUCGGGGUUUAUGCACCAGAUAGCAAAUCCUGGUCUUGGGAUGAUCUUUCUGCUUUUGUGUCAAGUAAAUGUGUUAUUUAUGGUGAUUUUAAUGUUGACAUAAUGGACGAUGGAAAAAAAGCUGAUACACUACUUCAUUGGGCUGAUGAUCAGUCUCUGGCUCAUGUUGUCCCGAAUUCCCAUACUUCUUUACGUUCUAAUAGAGUUAUUGAUUAUGCAUUUAUCAAAGGUUUAAACUUAGAUAUACAGGUAUAUAAUGGAAAUACAACUAGCGAUCAUCUUCCAAUUCUUUCUGUUAUUUCAUUAAAUUCAUCACAAUAUAAACUAGGAAAAAAUAUACAUUGGAAAGUCUUUUCACUUUUUUCUGAAUACACAUUCUCCUUUUGGGAAGAGAAUUGGAAUCUCUCUUCCAUUGACAUUACAUACAAUAACUAUAUUCGCUUUUUAUAUCUUUUGUCUGGUCGUUGUCCAAUUGUUUUCAAUUUGAACAAAUAUCGUUCUGCAUUACCUGUUGAAAUAAGAUCGUUUCUAUCUUACAUUAGAGCGUUAUCAUUCAGACAAUUAAGAAUGAAAUGCAGCACACUUAAAAAGGAGGUAUGCUUCUUAAAGAAGAUUGCUAAAAAUGAACUUAACAUUUUCUAUGCUACUCAACUGGAUAAUCUUAUUCGUCUCCGUAAUUCUUCUUCAUCUAGCUCAUUUUGGUAUAGAAGUAAACGUUUUUUCAAACCGUCAUCAUCGUCUCUUUAUGGUUUUAUCGACACCUCUGGGCAAAUUGCCAAAGAAUGUGAUCGUAUGUGCAACUUAGCUGCUGAUUACUACGAAAACUUUUUUAAGGCAUCAACUAUUUUUAGACCUCACCCGUACACUGAUUCUCCUCCAACUGUUUUUGAUAAUAUUAGCGAAAGUAUUCCUGAAGUUACACUUGAUGAACUUUUAAAUACGGUCAUAUCCAAAAAGAAAAAGAAAUCCUUAGAUGCACAUGGCUUAUCUAAUCAUAUGUUUAAUUUUCUCGAUCUUAAUUAUUGGUCUCUUCUUUUAAAUCUUUAUAAUCAUUCUUUUCAAAAGUCAAUAUUGCCUUCUGCUUGGAAAGACACCAGAAUGAUCUUAUUAGCCAAAAAAGACUCUAUUUGCCCACCAUCGUUAACUCGCCCUAUUUCAUUACUUGACUCGUUUCAAAAGAUAGGUGAGAAAUUAUUUCUUACUCGAUUUUGUGAUCUUUUAGCUAGAAGAGGUCUUCUUUCUGAUAGUCAAUCAGGUUUUAGAGAGCAUUUCAGAUUACAAACACGUCUACUUCUUUUCCUCGAAAAUAUUUAUAGUCUUAUGUCAAAUAGUGCACCAGUUUGUACUGUUUUUGUUGAUUUUCGGGCUGCUUUUGAUCAGUUAUGGUAUCUAGGUUGUAUUGGUAAAUUACGUAAUUUGGGUAUUCCCUCAUCUUAUCUGAAUUGGAUUGAAGCUUGGUUGGUUAAUAGGCGAUGUUAUAUUGAAAUUAAUGGUUGUAAAUCUCGUUGGUUCUCUAUUGGAAAAGGUGGACCUCAAGGAAGUGUCCUUACUCCAACACUGUUCAUAACAUAUAAUUGUGACAUUAAUAUUUCACUAUCGGGUUGUAUUUCUCAUUUUUUUGCAGACGACUUAGCUGGAAUUUUGGCCGGUCAAUUAGGUAUUAAAUAUUCGUCUCAAUGUCUUGAUUUAGAAAAAAGGAUCAAAACUUUUCUAGAUUGUCUCGAGUACUAUUCAUGUCUUACUGAUCAACCAAUUAAUCUAAAUAAAACUGAAGCCAUGUUUACUGCACGAGCUAUUGGCUUACCUAGUUUUGAUAUCCAUUUUUCUCAUGGAACAAAGGAAUCAAUUAAUUGGGUUUCAGAAUAUAAAUAUCUUGGUUAUAUAAUCUCAUCAAAAUUAGGUUGGAUUCAUAGAACUAGUACGAAUAUGUACGCCGAUAUGAUUUGUGAUGUGAUGCCGCCAAUACCUGAAGAUAGUAGUGGUAGUAACAGUAUCAAUCAUGAAGAUAUGGGAUCGGAUAAUGGUGAAGAAGCUCACACUAAUAUUGAACAGUUAAUGGUAUCAAUGCUUGAAGAACGUGAUAAACUACAAGAAAAAUUACAUGAAACAGAAGAAACAUUAAAUAGUUCCCAACAAAAAUUCAUUGAUAUUGAAAAAGAACGUGAUAUUUUACUUCGUCAAUUAUCAUUAAACACACCACAGGUUUGUAUUCGCAUAUUACGCUGA